GAUGGAGGGAUUGGGAGUGCUUACGCGUUACGUAGCAAUGCUGGCGGGCUCAGUCCCGCUACAUUUGGCGCCGACGCUGACGGCUGUCACACUUACAGGUACGUAGCGCACUCGCCUAGCCCAGGCCCAGACUUCAUGUACUUGGAAGGUAUAGUGCUUGCUUAAUAUCGCUCGAGUGUACCUGGCGGGUACAAGUGGUAUAUGCCCUUCCCAGCUGGCAGAGACGGACCCCUUUUUGUUCAUUAUUAUUUCUCGAAACCUGGUUGGAAUCCUCCAUCCUCCAUCCUCCACUCUUCUUACUUCCCCAUCCCAAUCACCACUCUCCAAAUGUCUUCUCUUUUUCUUGUCCAGUGCCCUCUUUAGGUACCUUUUAUUGUUAAUUGCCGGCUUUGGCCACAUGCUGUCGUCUACAUGUUCCCUGUGGCUCUCCUUCGCAACGUUUUGCGAGUCCUCAUCCCGCUCGCCGUAACCUCGACAUUUUAUCUCUACCUCUACCCCGUCUUCGGGGGGUGUGCUUUUCCGCUCCCGCAUCCUGUUGACCAGGUCGAGCAGGAUGCCGCAGCCGCAUUCCAGGAUACAGCGCGUCAACAUCUUAUCUCUUCCUCGAGCCAUGCCGCGCCCUUCCGACUGCUCGCCCUCGGCGAUCCCCAGCUCGAGGGCGACACUUCCAUCCCGAAUCACAAUCGCGAGGCCUUCCUCCACUUGAACUGGGCGAUCCGUCACCUCACCUUCAAGACCGACCAGCCUUCGCUGCGGCUCCGCCUCCGACAGGCAUGCCACGACCUCGUCGACUUCUAUUUCGAGGACAUACCCAACACCCUCGAGUCCAUCCGCAAGCACAUAGACUUAUUCGGAAACGACUUUUUCCUCGCUCACAUCUACCGAACCCUCCGAUGGUGGACCAAGCCUACCCAUGUCACCGUUCUUGGGGACCUUCUGGGCAGCCAGUGGAUCAGAGAUAAAGAGUUUGACCAGCGAAGCUGGAGAUUUUGGAACCGGUCCUUCCAAGGGGGCGAGCGUGUCCCUGAUGAGGUCGCAACCCACCCUGGCGCGGAAUACGAAGUGGAUGGGCUGCUCGGGGUUGAAGACGGCAACGCUACGGCAUGGCGGCGUAGGGUCAUCAACGUCGCAGGUAAUCACGACAUUGGCUACGCGGGCGACUUAACUGUCGAGCGACUGGAGCGAUUUGAGCGCGCGUUCGGCAAAGCUGCUUACGAACUGCGGUUUGAGUUACCCAUCCAGAACUCCACGAUCAACGCGACUAUAUAUAACGCCGAAACGAACCCCGACUCGAAUCGUCUAUCCCCCGAGCUCCGAAUCGUGAAUAUCAACAAUAUGAAUCUCGACACUCCAGCCCUAGAGCCAAGCCUCCAGGACAAGACCUACGCAUUCCUAAACGACGUUAUCAAUACGGCUUCCGCUGUGGAGUAUUUGGGACACUUUACACUUGUCCUAACGCAUAUACCGCUGUACAAAGCUGAAGGCGUCUGCGUCGACGGGCCUUAUUUCACUUUCCAUCCUCGCGGAGGGGUUAAGGAGCAGAACCAGCUGUCGGCUGACGCUUCUCGCGGAUUUCUAGAGGGAAUAUUCGGACUGAGCGGCGACCCGAAUGCGCCGGGUCACGGUAUGGGCCGGAAAGGCGUCGUGAUUAAUGGUCACGACCACGAAGGCUGCGAUACCUACCAUUACAUAAACCAGACGGAGGGCGACGACCGCCAGUGGCGGGUCAAGCGGUGGCCUGCCGCGCAGACGGAGAACCUACCCGGACAACCAGGGGUUCCCGGGCUCAGGGAGAUCACGGUUCGCAGCAUGAUGGCUGAUUAUGACGGUAACGCCGGCCUUCUCAGCGUAUGGUUCGACCAAGACGCCUGGGAAUGGAGGUUCGAAUUCACGACCUGCGCCCUAGGCCGCCAGUAUUUCUGGUGGGCCGUCCACAUCGUGGACCUAAUCGUGCUUGUAGGGCUUGUGCUCUACGGGAUCUCACAGGCAGUGGCGGCGGCCGGCUUCGAUGUCGAAAAUUGGUCGAUUGGGACACCUGCCCUCCCUUCCCCGACUACUAAUGGCAUGAGCGGCAAGGCAAUACACGCGCAACCCGCCCACGUCGCAAACGGCAACUCUAAGAAGGGAUACACGGGCCCCUCUCAAGGAGCAGAGGUGCAGGGCUAACGAGAGCGAAACGAGUCACGAGCAUGCUUGCACGGGUGUGAGCCACAUAUUAGAAACCAUUGGAGAAUAAAAUUAACUUGGACUUGAAGUAGGCGUAUUCGUUAUUGCUGUCGUGACUACGUAGACAGCUAGGCCUUCAUAUGGUAAAUCCAACGUUUCACCUCUAACUAACCAACCCCUGUUAUAUGCCUAGUCUAUAGCGCUGCGAUACACUACGAUCAGGCUGCAUCUCCUCGCCCUCUAUCUGAGCGCCGAACUAUCCCUCUUAACCGCCCCUCCCGCUUACAACUGGAAAUCUAAAACUGCAACGGCAACCCCCUCUGUCUCCCCCUCGCCCGUUGCCACACCUUUC